AUGUCGGACAAAAUUGCUUCUUAUUAUAGUACUUCACGUAAAACAAUAAAAUUGUAUAAGAAAGUCGCAUUGGAAAUUAUAUUUGGUACAAUGGUGGUGAAUGCAUGGGUGAUGCAAAAGAAAUUUGGAACAGACAAUUCUGUGACAAUUCUUCAGUUUCGAGAAAGUGAAGUAGGAUUCAAUCUUUCCGAAAUAAAAGCAUUUUUGAUGUUACGACAUGACAUUCUGAUCAGUGAAAGGCAGUUGAAAAGGUACUUGAAACAACUUAAUUUGUAUCGAAGGAAAAAUUACACAGACCUAAGAAUUAUAUCAGACUUCAUUGACCAACAAAUACUUGGUUCAGGUAGUCUGCAUGGAUAUCGAUGGAUGCACCUGGAAUGUUUACAAAAUGGUUCGGUAGUCAAAAUGAACACUGUGAGGCGUCUCCUGAAGAAAAAAGACCCAGAAGGAGUUGAACUGCGUUCGAGAAAUAGGCUGAGACGAAGGGCAUAUCAUAAUAAAUUACCAAAUUAUAUGUGGCAUGUUGAUUCUUAUGACAAAUUAAAACCAUAUGGCAUUGCAAUUAAUGGAUGUGUAGAUGGAUUCUCUAGACGAAUUAUGUGGUUGAGGGCUGCUAAGAGUAACAAUAAUCCUCGUAUAAUUGCUGGUUAUUACAUAGAAUCAGUGGAGACCCUUGGUGGCAGUCCACAGACUCUAAGAAGAGACAUGGGAACAGAGAAUUGUUGGAAAGCAGGCUUUUUGAUGAGGAAAACUGGGUGGAAAUCGAAGGAGAAAAUACCAAACACUAACAUCUUACCUGCCCAUUUGUAUGGAACUAGUCCUCACAACCAACGUAUUGAGUCUUGGUGGAGUAUCCUGCGUAAACAUAAUUCUCAAUAUUGGAUGAAUACAUUUGAACAGUUGAAGGAUGAUAAUUUUUGCAAUGGCACUGAUUUAGACAAAGCAUUGAUCCAAUUGUGUUUCAUGGAAAUUAUACAAGGAGAACUGGAUGAAAUCAUUCAUGAAUGGAAUAAUCAUAGAAUCUCGAAUUCACGAAAUAAUAGAGCUCCACUUGGAAAACCAAAUGUAUUGUUCAAUGUUCCAGAACUUUAUUAUACCCAUGAUUAUCUAGUAGAGGUGACCAAUCGUGAAAUUGAAACUCGUAGGAGCGAGUGCCUAUUUGUUCAGGAUAUAACAAUUAUAUCAGACUUCAUUGACCAACAAAUACUUGGUUCAGGUAGUCUGCAUGAAUAUCGAUGGAUGCACCUGAAAUGUUUACAAAAUGGUUUGGUAGUCAAAAUGAACACUGUGAGGCGUCUCCUGAAGGAAAAAGACCCAGAAGGAGUUGAACUGCGUUCCAGAAAUAGGCUGAGACGAAGGGCAUAUAAUAAGGGACCAAAUUAUAUGUGGCAUGUUGAUUCUUAUGACAAAUUAAAACCAUAUGGCAUUGCAAUUAAUGGAUGUGUAGAUGGAUUCUCUAGACGAAUUAUGUGGUUGGGGGCUGCUAAGAGUAACAAUAAUCCUCGUAUAAUUGCUGGUUAUUACAUAGAAUAA